UUCACUGUCAAAAUUUUCAUAUUCCAAUUUCCAUAGUAGAUCUUCCAAGUUUGAAGCCCUGAGUGAGCUUAAGAAACAGGAGAAAAAAAAAUGGCAGCAAAACAAAUGGAGGAAAUUCAAAGAAAAUUAUCAACGUUAAAUUACCCUCGAGCCAAUGCUCCAGCUCAGUCUCUUCUCUUUGCCGGCAUGGAACGAUACGCUCUUCUUGAAUGGCUCUUUUUCCGGCUGUUAGGGGACAAGUCACCGUUUUCGCAACAAAAUUUGCAAGGGGAUGCCAUGGAUCGUGAUGAGGAAACUUCUAGAAUCCAACAUUUGGCUGAGAUUGCGAAAUUUCUGGGGAUUACUACCACAGUUGAUACAGAAGUUAUCCAAGGACGAGGAAGCUAUGAAGAUCGAACUGAAAUGCUUCGCCUUAUUGUUGAUCUGGUGGAGGCAAGCAUAUGUGCAGAUAAUCCAGAAUGGAGUGUGGAUGAGCAGGUGGCGAAGGACAUACAAUUAAUAGAUGCUAUUGCAGAGAAACAAGCCCUGAUAUUCUCUGAGGAAUGCAAGUUGUUCCCUGCAGAUGUUCAGAUUCAAUCCAUAUAUCCACUACCUGAUGUUUCUGAGCUGGAAUCAAAACUUUCUGAACAGACCAAGAUACUCUCAAAUCUUCAGCAAAAAGUUGAUGACUUGGCAUCAAAGCAUGCUUACAACCCUGACGAGGAGUAUACAGAGGUGGAAUCGAAACUGCGGGCACAUUUGGAAUCUUUUCUUGAAACAGCAAGAUCAUUCAAUAUGAUUUACACCAAGGAAAUUCGUCCAUGGACGCAUAUGAUGGAAGUACCACAACUUCAUGGGUUUGGGCCUGCUGCCAAUCGCCUGUUGGAGGCUUACAAGAUGCUUUUAAAGUUCCUGGGCAACUUGAGGAAUCUGCGAGACUCUUAUGCUGCUCUUGCAGUUGGAUCGUCUGAAACAGUUGCUGGUGAACCUUCUCCCGUAACAAGAAUUAUUUCUGAGUGUGAGUCAGCGUUGACAUCCUUAAACUGUGAUCUUGGGAUUCUCUCGGCUUCGAUCGCUCGUGAGAAAAGCAUGCAAGGCCAGCAAGUAAAUUUAUGAUGAUUGUAGCGAAACAUUAAGAAAGUACUGACAGAAUAUCUCCCCGUGUCAAUGCGUGUGUAUGUUCCCUUAAAAGAUGCACUAUUGUCUUUCAUUCAGAUUUGGAUUAAGGUGUGGUUGUUGAGAGCUGGUUCAUAUGAUGCAAGUUUAGGAUUUAAAAGCAUGGUGAUCGUCCA